AGAAGAUGCUCGGGCCGGCAGCCACCACCACCAGCCCCGUCGCCGCUGCCGCCCGCGCCCGCAGCCCCCCAGGCCCCCACUAGCGGCCGCCUCCGCUUCUUAUCUCCGGCCCCCCACCCUGAACAGGGCCUUGGGAGGGGGGUUCGGCCCUCCGCAUCUGUGGGGAACCACCAAGAAAGGGCACAGAGAGGGUGUCCUGUCCCCUCUGCACCCCACUGGCUCAGCCAAGUGCCGGCUUCGGUGAUCUUUGAGAGACCAGGACCCCACCCCUCAGUUCUCCAUCCCAUAUCCCCCCCCCACACCCUCUCCACCCUGCUCUUCCCCGUCCUCCCAGCUCUGUCAGCGCUCUCCCCCCCUCCCGCUUCCCUCCCCGCCGCUCCCCUCCCCCUCCUCACCGCCCCCUCCCCUCCCCCCUCCUUCCCCUCCCCCUCCCCCGCCCCCCCACCAUGAGGAUGAUGGCCGCCGGCGCGGUGCACGGCCUCUUCACGGCCUCCGCGGCCCCGCAGCCGCCGCCGCCCCCGCCGCCGCCGCCGCCGCCGCAGCCCCAGCCUCCCCAGCAGCCGUCCCCGCCGCCACAGCAGCCGCCGCCGCCGCCGCAGCCGCCGCAGCAGCAGCAGCCGCCGCCCCAGGCCCCCCCCAUGGAGCCCGAGGCCCCGGAUUCCCGCAAGAGGCCCCUCGAGACGCCCCCCGAGGUGGUCUGCACCAAGCGCAGCAACACGGGAGAGGAAGGCGAGUACUUCCUGAAGGUGCUCAUCCCCAGCUACGCAGCCGGCUCCAUCAUUGGCAAAGGUGGCCAGACUAUCGUGCAGCUGCAGAAGGAGACAGGAGCCACCAUCAAGCUAUCUAAGUCCAAAGACUUCUACCCAGGAACUACAGAACGGGUAUGCCUAGUACAGGGCACGGCAGAGGCCUUGAAUGCCGUUCACAGCUUUAUCGCAGAGAAGGUCCGAGAAAUCCCUCAAGCGAUGACCAAGCCCGAGGUGGUCAACAUUCUUCAACCCCAAACCACGAUGAACCCCGACAGAGCCAAGCAGGCUAAGCUCAUCGUCCCCAACAGCACGGCGGGACUGAUCAUCGGUAAGGGGGGAGCGACCGUGAAGGCGGUGAUGGAACAAUCCGGCGCCUGGGUGCAGCUGUCGCAGAAGCCCGAGGGCAUCAACCUACAGGAGCGCGUGGUGACCGUGAGCGGCGAGCCCGAGCAGGUGCACAAGGCCGUGAGCGCCAUCGUGCAGAAGGUACAGGAAGACCCGCAGAGCAGCAGCUGCCUCAACAUCAGCUACGCCAACGUGGCGGGGCCCGUGGCCAACUCCAACCCCACCGGCUCGCCCUACGCCAGCCCAGCAGAUGUGCUGCCCGCCGCGGCCGCCGCCUCUGCCGCUGCCGCCUCGGGUCUGCUUGGCCCCGCAGGGUUGGCGGGCGUGGGCGCCUUCCCCGCCGCGCUGCCCGCCUUCUCGGGCACCGACCUGCUGGCCAUCAGCACGGCGCUCAACACGCUGGCCAGCUACGGCUACAACACCAACUCGCUCAGCCUUGGCCUCAACUCGGCCGCCGCCUCGGGCGUCCUGGCCGCUGUGGCCGCGGGCGCCAACCCCGCCGCCGCCGCCGCUGCCAACCUCCUGGCGUCCUACGCGGGCGACGCCGGGGCGGGGCCGGGAGCGGGGGCAGCACCGCCGCCGCCACCGCCCCCUGGAGCGCUGGGCUCCUUCGCGCUGGCCGCGGCCGCCAAUGGCUACCUCGGUGCGGGCGCGGGGGGCGCGGCUGGAGCGGGGGGCGCGCCCCUGGUGGCCGCCGCGGCUGCGGCCGGGGCUGCCGGCGGCUUCCUGACGGCCGAGAAGCUGGCGGCCGAGAGCGCCAAGGAGCUGGUGGAGAUCGCGGUGCCCGAGAACCUGGUGGGGGCCAUCCUGGGCAAAGGGGGCAAGACGCUGGUGGAGUACCAGGAGCUGACGGGUGCGCGCAUCCAGAUCUCCAAGAAGGGCGAGUUCCUGCCCGGCACGCGGAACCGGCGGGUCACCAUCACGGGCAGCCCCGCGGCCACGCAAGCCGCUCAAUACCUCAUCAGCCAGCGGGUCACCUAUGAGCAGGGGGUGAGGGCCUCAAACCCACAGAAAGUGGGAUGAGGCCUGUGGUGUGCGUCCCCACCCCCUCCCGCUCCUCCUCCCUCCUCCUCCUCCUCUCCCAACUCCCGCCAGACUUCAGCUUGGUGUGACUCCUGCUUGGCUUGGGAUGGGGCUGGGGUAGGCCUGGCUGCACCCUCCGUUCUGGUAGUCAUAGGCAGGAUUGAGUGACGGCUGGGGAGGGGGCUUUUGAGCCCCCUUUCCAGCCUUGAACUGACCCCUCCUCCCUCCCUCCCUGUGCUUGACUGGGCCUGACCCGCCUCUCCCAGGGUCCAGGUCUAUGUGAUAUCUGUAUAUAUUGCAUUUUGUUGAUUUUAAUAGAAAACAAAGCGUUAUUUUCUCUUUCUUUCCCUCCUUUUUUUUUCCUUUUUAACUUUUUCUUCUUUUUUUGAUAAGGAUUCCCCCCUCCUUUAUAAGAUUUUUGUUGACAUAUGGGAGGAGGGGAGGGAGCCUCCAGAUCACCUGGAAUGAGGUGCCUCCCCCAGACACAACAUCCUGCCUCUCUGAUUGCAGUUCCAGAUCCUGGGAAAGUGACGCAAGUAGAGGCAGCCAUCCAGGAGUCAGAUCUGAAAAGAGGGGUUUGGAACAUAGCGCCCCCCGCCCCGCUCCGCCCCAGGAGUCCCACGUUUCCGAAGCUCCACUAUCUCCCUGCAGUACUCCCUCGGGUGGAAGUGGAACUUUCUUCCUUAAGCAGAUGUGUUCCUGCUGGAAAUGAUGCCAGCCAUGGGAUGCCUUAGGUUCUGUAAGCUGCAGUGUUGAGAGGCGCAGGAGCAGCCGUUGUGGCUUCUCGUGGCUUUUCCUAGAGAAACGAGGGUCCCUGUUGUGAUGUCACUGAAUCAAGUAUUUAUGGGGUGCUUCCAGUAACUCCCUAUGAUGUCAUAGGAAGUAUUUCCUCAGAGGCUGCUUCCUGUACUGGUGAGAGAAAAAUCACAUCCUGUGAGGUCACAACAAAACCCCUUCCCAAAAGGUCACUUCCGUGAUGCCAGAGGCAAAGGCAUGUACUUCCUAUGGAAUCUCGAGGUCACUUCCUGUGGCAUCAUCGGGAUGAAGCAUGCGCUUCCUGAGUUGGAUAGUGGCCAGUCCCUUCAUCCCCCUCCUCCUUCCACACUCUUUAGUGGGUGUUGGCCCUGGGGGAAGGGAAUCCCUAGAAAGAGACUGAAGGAUGGAACUUGGAUCUAAUGUGGAGGAUUCUGAAGAGAAAAAAAAUACUGUCAGGGUCAUCUGCAUCCACAUUUACCAUCCCUGAACUUGCCUUGCCAGGCACGCAUGGGAGAUGAAGCUAGUGAAACUGACUGCUAAAGAUCCCCUCCCUUUCCCACUCCUGCCUUUUGUGUGCAUGCCUGUGUCUACGUGGCUUCAUUUCAUUGAUGGAUGAGCCAAAUGUAUGGUGGCUCUGUCAGGCCAGUGUGAUCUGGUGUAGAGUUAAGUGAGCCUUGCAAAGCUUAGGGUAUCUUGGGCUGAAAUGCCUUGAGUGGUCUGAUGAAUUCAAUUGGCUUGGUGGCUUCCAGGGAGUUGGUAGAUGUUAGCAGUGUUUGCUAGGUCGAAAAUGUUCAGUGUGCUCAACCUUAGGCUCUGAAGAACUAGAAGAUUCUGAUGAAAAUGUGACAAGCCAGGCUGCCCUGAGAGUUGUUUGGGAGUGGCUCACUUUGCAUGGUGGCUCUGAUCAACUCCAAAGACAGAUGUCAGGGCCUGAAAAACCUAUAGGCUAGGAUUGCUGAGACAUGCCUGUUCCCACCCAUCUCCCCAUCCCUGUUGGAGAACACCUUCAGUUCCUCCAACCCCAAGCAGGGUCCUCAGAACCCUGGCUCCAUCAUCAGCAUCUGGGGGGAGGGGUACCCUAUGCCCACUCCCUCCUCCAUCUGCCCUCCUAGGUCUUCCAGACCCUGCUCUCCUCCAUGGCUUUGGGGAUAACUGGCCUCCUUAUUUCUAUCCCUACAAAUGAGCGGAGGAGAAAAGCCACCCAGACAAUGCCUACCGCUGAAGCCUGGGAGGCCCCUACCCUGUGCAAGAGAGCCACCCCCCAAAUCAAAAUGUGAAAAAUCCCUAGAAAGCAAUAGCCUUCGAGGUACCUCGCACUGACUCCCCCUCCCCCAGCCCUUCCACCGGAAUGGGAGGCUAAAGCUUGGGCACUGGGGUGACUUUUUCCAUGUCCUCAUCUCCUCAGUGAAGGGCAGGCCCCACUUCCCUCAUACACACCCCAUCCCCCACCUCUUAUCGCUGCUGCCCCCUACCCCUAAUCUCCACACUGAGCCCAGAUGGAGAUUUUAGUGCCAAAACAAUUCUUGAUACCACUUUGUACAUAUCUUCUACAGCUAGGGGCUAUUGGGAUUGGAGGUGGGGGCGGCCCACAGGGCCAUUGCUCCCCUCCACCUCUUAAAUGACCUUACAGUAUUUCAUAGUAGCUCCACCUGCAUGUGGGUAGUAAUGUAUCUAGCUGGAAUAUCCCCCCUGUAAAGCCCUCAGGCCCUAUGAGGAGGGGAAGGAGUGGGGAUGAAGCAAGAUCUGGGAUGGGUGGGUGGGUCAGAAAGGCCAUUUGCAACUCAUUUGCAUCUUCCCCUAGAUGGCCUGCUUUCUGGGAGCCUGCUGGCUGGAGUCUGGGUUCUGUACUCCUCUCACGCAGACGUAGCUCUGAAAAGCAUCCUCUCGGGUGUCUGUGUGACAUGCCGGUCCCUAUUAAUUUCUUGGGGAUCCCUCACCCCACCAGCCCAGGCUAUCCGAAAGGUAGUUUGCUAGCUUAGGAAGGAGGUCUACUUACCAUAUUGCUGCGUGAGGAGCCACACACCUUCCCCCCAUUUUACCCUGGGGAGUUCCAUCCAUCCUCUUCCCUAUCCCUUGAAAGCCCUUCUGCAGUCUGACCUCAAUCUUCCUGUGCUGUAGUUUGUCCAGACAGACACAGAUGCGGACCAGGGAUGGGAAUUACUUUGAAAAUAAUAGUAACAAAACCCAUUGCCUCCUCCUCUACCCAUUAGCCAGUCAGAUCUCAAAGAAUCUGGGCGGCCUCCUUGCACCCCCACUCUUCAGCACCCAGUAGGUGCUUAGUAAAUAAGUGUUGCCUGUUCCUCAAGUCCCUCCAGCUUCCCCCAGCGUUUCUCUAUUUCUCUGGCUCCCUAUAGCCCACUGGGUUUUCCUCCUGUGGUCCCCUCACCGUUCUCUGUCCUGUCUCUAUCUUCGUCUGUCUGUUUUCUUCCCCUCCUAAAUUCUCAACACUUUCAUUUCCCCUUUAAAAUCAAAAAGUGCCAAACUUCCUUGGAACUGAGCCGAUCUGGGGUGUGGGGGGGGAGGAUCUUCGAUGCAUGGGAGGAGAAUACCUCUCUUAGAGGAGGCCCCUUAAGAGGCAGAGAGAACACCUGCAGAUGCUGAGCUAAAUUGGGUCCCCUUCCUCGUUCCUCUCACCCUGAGUUUUUCUUAGAAUCUUUAUAAGAAAAAAAGAAAAAGAAAAAAAAAUACUCAUUUUCAACUAACCCCUACUUUUUUGGAUUCUCCUACCCCAAAUUCCACCAGCCAAGGAAAACCCCUUUUGCCUCUUUCUGGGCAAGUCUAUAGAAAUUGGGGAGGGGGAGAAACAGACCCCAUCCUCUUCUGCUGGCCCAAGGGGGUGGUUGUUGGGGAGGGACCUCAAAGCACU